AUGAAAGAGAGCGGCGAGAUGGCGGCGGAGAUUCACCAGCACAUCGCCUCGGGCCUUUACGAUCCGCAGCACAUCAAGGCGAUGAGCCAGAUGUGGAACUUCGAGCAGUACCAGCAGUACCCCAAGGACGAGAAGGUCUUACUUUACGCCAUUUUCGAAAACAAGUUUUUCGAUGUUUAGUAAAACCGUAAUUAGACUAAUAGAGCACACAGAAAGUUCAAGAGAAAAGGCUGUCUUAGGGAAAAUACAAAAAAAAAAACAGGGAUGAGGUCUAUUUUUCAAUCUCAGGAAAGUCGUUUUGACAGAAUAAAGGGUAAUUUCAACCUCAGGAGGUGGUACUGAUUUAAAUUUUAAGACCUGGGGAAGGGGUUGGGGGCCUUUAAAAAUGGUUUGCCCAUGUAUUCAGAAAACUACAAGACCUAUUUUAGUACUAGAUUGAUAUUUUUUUACCCAAAAAAGCAGCUUUUGAAAAGCUGGUUGGUCGGGUUGGAAUUUCGGUAAUAUUUGAGUUUUUCCUAUCUUUGAAAUCUUCAGAAAGGAGUUUACGAUCUGUAAGGAAAAUCAAAAAAAAAAAUAUGUGUUUUCAAGUUUUCUGGCUGAAGAGCUUCUUUGGACUUUGUGAAAGAAGAAUAAAAUCUAUGAUUAUCGAAAGAAAAAUCAUAAUUUGUGAUUUUUCAGAUGCUCCAGUUCCACCCGCUGUUCGCCCAUCACAUGUCCUCGUUCACCGGAAUGCAAUCCGCGAGAGAAUCCCCAUGUCCCUCGAAAAAGAAGCCCCAACCUGUGCCUGAUGAGCAGAAAGAUGAGGUAACGAAUUUUUUCAAGAAAAAAAAACUUUUUUCUCUAAGUUCCCUAGUGAAAUCUAUUCUUCUUUUCGAGUUUUUGUGAUUAUUCCUGACAAGAGUUUCGUAGAAUCUAUCAAAGUUUGCGAAAUUUAUCUAGGAUACAGUAGCGAAAUAGCGGGCAAAAAGGAGAGAGUUUUACAGUAGCCUAAGAUUUUUCGAGACUAGUACGCCUAAAAAAAUGAUUUUGAGCGGUUUUUGUUUUGAUUUUAAACGAAAAUAGUGAAAUUGCAAAAGUCCAUGACUUCUAGAUUCAAAUUUAAAUUUUCGAUGUGAUUUUAAUGUACGGAAACAUUUUAGGCCAACUUUCCUGUUUCGAAAAAAUUUCAUUUCUUUCUUUCUGUCAUCUUGAGACAGUGAGAGGCGAAUGAAAGUCAUCUGAUUGAAAAAACUCCGCUACAAAAAUCACGGUAGAGAAGUCUAAAUCUCUUCUUUUUGCACACUAUUUCGCUGAUCUGGUGAAGAGUUAAGUGAAAUCUCGUCAAGUCGGCGGUGAAAGAACUAUAGCUUUACGAUUUUCAAUUAUAUACUUCAACUUUUUUUAAAAAUUCAGCCAGGAGACAGCCAAGGUUUUAAAAAAAGAGCCGGAACUUUAAAAAUUAAUCAAAGUUCCAAAAAAAAUUUCAUUUUCUUAAACACCCCGGCAAGUUGUCGCUGGAAUCUUCGAAUUAUAUUCCCUUCUUUUUCUGCUCCUUCUUCUUUGUACCCCAAAGCCAAACGAAGCAACACAAAGCCGACGAACACAUUCAGAACUACCGAGAGCGUCGGCGACGGAACAACGAGGCGGCCAGGAAGUCGCGCGAGGCUCGUCGAUGGAAAGAAGAAACGACGAGCAAGCGACUCGAGGAGUCUCAAAGGGUGGGUCGAAGAAAGAUAGCCGUCAAAAAUAGGCCUGGAAAAAGAUAUGACAAGGAAGGUCAUUUUACUUUGCGGUUUCCUGAAAAUCGGUCAGAACGCUUCGUGAUGUACCAGAAGACGAUUCUGAAAGUUUCAAAAUUCCUAAUUUCUGAGAAAGGACACCUCCAGGUCGAAAAAAACCCUCAAAAUCCGUUAAAAUAGGCCGAUUUGUGGCUUUGAGCCCUCAUUCUCGAAAACCCAGGAGUUGUGCAGGCUGAAACUUUCAGAAUAUAUUUCUAGUACGUUAAAGAGUAUUUCGGCCAAAGGAUUUCCAAACGCAAGGUCAAAUGACUUUCCUUGUGAGGGAAAAGCUUCUGAUAACAUAGAUUUCAAAAGAUGAUCCCAUGAAGUUAACCUUGAAAAAAGGCUCGGAUAGAAUCGUUUUGAGAAGGUCAUCUUACCAAACUACGUUGAAAAAAACGGCCUAGAAUUAGCCUUUGAUAGAAUAGCUUGAAAGAGUUGAUCCUGCAAAAUUUACCUGGAAAAGAGGCUCGGAUAGAAAAGUUUAAAAAGGUGACCCGCAAGGGAGGUCAUUUUACUUUUGGGAAUUCCCUGAAAAUUGGCCAGAACACUCCUUGGUGUACCAGAAGAAGGUUCUAGAAGCUUCAAGCUGCACAACUUUCCAUUUUUCGAGAAAGGACAUUUCAAAGUGUAAGAAAACCCUUAAAAUUCGUUAAAACGGGCUAUUUUUGAGCCUUGAGCCCUUAUUUCUUGAAAACUAGGAAGUUGUGCAGGUUGAGAAUUUCAGAAUCUACUUAAUCAAGGAGUGUUCUGACGAAUUUUCAGGAAGAUCCCAACUGCAAAGUAAAAUGUCCUCCCUUCUCAGACCAAUAUCUCAAAAAAAAAAAGUCGUACUCAAUAAAAAGCCGUGAAUAAAUAAUCCUAGAAACGAAAAAUAAGCUUGAAGAAAAUAGCCGCCUGUGUCGUGUGCUCCAUGGACAAGUGUGCUCCAUGGAAAUCGAAGACGUAAUACUUGAAACUUAGAAAUGAUUUUUUUUUUUCUUGAGAUUCUUUCAGCUUGUUUUUUAUGAAAACAAAAUCGAAGAAUGAUUUUUUUAUAAUAAGUAGACUCAAAUGAGCAUGUUUUUAUGACUCUGUCGGUGAGAGGAAAGAGAGCGCAAACAGGUCAGACUGUUUCAACUUCGUAUCGAAUAAUUUAUAUCAGAAACUUAGAAUAAAAACUCGAAAAAUGAUCAUAGAGCACACUUUAACCGGCGCGUUCUCACCAUUCUCUUCUAUUUUAUUUUCCGAUAAAAGAAGAGAAAAAAAAAAGUAAAAACCAAAAUGACUCAUCAAAGUUUUUUCGCCGCUGCGGCCGCCGGCAAACAACAAGUUUGAUGGAGCUGGUUUGGAUCGGAAUGAUGAAGCUUUUUGGAAGGAAAUCGAAUUGUUUUUUUGUUGGCCCGUUCAUUGUUUUUGAGAAGUGUCGGCUAGCUACUGAUUUGUGUCAAAACAAGCAGGAAAUAACGCUUUUUUAUUGACUUUCGAGCUGUAAAAGUACUACUUUAUGUUCAAAAAAUGCUUCUUAAAGUCCUAUAUGAACUAAAACAACACAGAUAGCUAUUUUUAUGCUCCUUUGUGAAAAUUAAAAAAAAAAAGAUUCGAAUUCUUGAAAACUGCUUUUUGAAGAAGUAUAGACAAAAUUCGUAUGGUCUUGAAGCGAAGAGCCAUUUUCAUUGUUAUAUUAAGUCUUCUGGGGUUCAAACAACUCUGAAAGUUGAUUCGAAUGGACUAUAACUACGGAAAGACUUUAAUAGGGUAUCAAAGACUGUUCUACUUUCCAGAGGGCGAAGAGCAGUUCUCCGUGUUACAAUACUGUCAGAAAAGAUACCUUAAUAAAUUUUGCUAAUAAUUUCCUUAUAUUUAGCUGGAUCACUCUGAAACUUUGUAAGCUGCCUUUCUUUUUGUGCGAACUAAAACUUUUGCCAUAGUGUUGAAAAUAACAUUCUUCACAACCCCAGAAAUUAGAGGACGAUUGAACUCUUUACAAGAAAGUUUUUGACAAAAAAACCGUUUUUCGUAUUUUCGAUGACCUUAGUCCAUUCAGAGCUUCCGCAUUUUUGAAUGCUCUUGAGCAUCUAGAUAUAUAUAUAUAUAUCCUGAAAAUAAAGAUUGUAAUUUUAAUUUAAUUGAACACCGCAAAUUUUAUAAAAUAAAUAUUCAGGAGAACUUCCGACUCCGACAGCAAGUCCACCACCUCCAAAUGGAGCUGCACGAGCUCCGAUGCACUGUGGCGAUGAACAACAUCAGCAUGGCGUCCAUUAGUGCGGCGAGCUCCACCAAUUCCUACUGA